AUGUGGUUCUGGGGGACCAAAAGACGCCUACGAGACUUGCAGUCAUUUGACAGCGCGAGUCGUGGUCCUUGGGGGUCUAGCAUCAUCCUCUUUGAACACAAAGGCAACUCAAUUGCAUCCAUUGGAGCUUUGAUUAUUAUCCUAACGCUUGCAUUUGACCCGUUCCUACAGCAGGUCUUGACUUUCCCGUUAAGACAGACAUCCGGUCCAUCGAAUCUCAAUCCGCAAGAUUCCUCGUUCAAUCAAGUUCACAAUAUUCUGCCGCUCUGGGAUCCCGAUUCUAGACCAGGAUACUCAUAUCCGACCUCAAAGGGACGAAGCGAGUACGUUACAAACUUUGAAGAGGCUAUUUUAUCUGGGAUCUGGUCUCGUCAGCCCCAGAUAAAUGCCACCUGCGCAUCCGCAAACUGUACCUGGGAGCCUUUUCAAUCUGUCGGUUAUUGCGCUCAAUGUGCAGACAUGACCAGCUCGGCCGAAUUCAUUGGCUGUGAUGAUAUGUUUUCCCCUUAUUCAAUGCCUUUCAACGCCACUAAAGCCUACGCUCAAUCUACAAAUUGCUCCAUAUCCUUAGCACAAGGAUUGCUGUACCCGCUUAAAAUGACAUUUGCACUAUCGAACAACAGCGAUGGAUAUUUGUAUGAGCAACUUUUGCCAGCUUCUGUCAUCUGGGAGGCUUACAACAACCACCAAACAUAUAACAGCUCGGAGAGCAAAUCUGUGCCAAGUUUCCAUUUUCUCGGUAUAGAAAACCCGUUGCUAGUCCUCGGGCAUGCUGAGAUCAAUUAUGAUACCAAUGACAGAGGCCUCGUUCCUCGCCCCGAACAGCUGCAGCGGAAGUUUGGCCGAGUUACAGGAUGUGCUUUGUCGCUUUGCUCGAGAACUUACAAUAUCUCCAUCAGGAACGGCAACCCUAAGGUUCAGGUGUCCCCCGCGGACUUUGGUGAGAUGUGGUCUCCUAAUAUUUGGACCUCAAUCCACUACUCUCGCCCACCCAAUAUGACACAUUCACCGGAAUAUCAAAAACCCGGACUUAGCAGUUGGGAUAUAUGCUGGAAGCAAUGGAAAGGCCAUCCUUUCCCAUACCAGCCUUUUCCCUACAGGCAAACUCGUCUUUCACAGUCCAGCCAAUAUCCUCCAGCUCAGAUUAUCGAUCCCAAGGGGUCUGCCUUCUGCAAUGCCAAUUCUCUUACACCAGACAUUCUACAACACGUUGGGGGAGUGAUCUACAAUCGAUUUCAGGUGUCUGAUCACCAAAACUACUGGAAGUCCUCUGGAUACAAAAAGGAUCUCAAUAGUAGUGGGGUGUUCAAACGCACUAUGAGACUUGGACUCGAAAGCAUGAUGCAUAACAUCGCGGAUUCUUUGACCAACAUGGCCCUACGAGAAAGUGCCAAUCAGAGCCAUGGAACUCCACACGUCUCAGAGGUCUAUGUGCAAGUGAAUUGGCCAUGGGUGGCUCUACCGGCGACACUGAUUGUCUCGGCCUGUGUUCUCCUAAUCAUCACUGCUCACAUCGCCAGGUCCCAAGACCGCAGGCUGUGGAAGACCUCUACCUUGCCCAUCUUGUACCAUGGGCUUGACAAGGAUCUUCUGAAGGACACGGAAGAAUACUCUACUCUCAGCAAGAUGGAAGCCACUGCUGACUCCACAACUGUUGGACUUGGGCUGUCGGACACUAACGGCAGAGUCUUACUGCAAAGAUGA